UGUGUGUGUGUGUGUGUUCGUGCGGGUGUUACCGGGGUGUGCGGGAGCCCGAUCGCCGGUCAGGGAUGGAGCCGCUGCCAUGACAACGGCGGGCAGUCCGCCUGCGCGCCCGGGGAUGCUGCCGCCCGACCGGGCCGGGAUGCUGCUGCUGCCGCCGCGGCCCCGACACCCUUCCUCCUCCUUCUCCUCCUCCUCGCUGCUCAGCUGAAGGGGGGACGUCUCUGGAGACCCACUUUUGGGAGCCGAGAAGCAUCCCGUCCCCGGCCUGGGGGGGGAAACAUCGCCGGCAGCUCCGCGGGGAAGUUUCGAUCUUGCGACAGAACCGGCAUUUCGGGGAGCUUUCGGGUGUUUUAGGGGCUUUGUUUUCCUUUUCCCGUUAUCAUUUCAAAGAGCAGCAGCCGGCAAACAGCCAAACUCCCCUGUUUUUGACUGGGUUUAUGGCCGCCCUCCCUUUCGUGCCAGAGCCACGUUUCCUCCUUGGGUUAUAAACUUUUGAUGCCAGAUCUCCGCAGCGCGUGCCCAAAUGAAUCUUAAAGUAGCGUCUGGAGCAGGCACACAUCUGUGACCUUCAUCUCUUGCACUGCAUCUUCUCUCCUCCUCUUCCUCCUCCUCCCCUCCGGCCCUCCCGUCCUCCUCCCUCACCCAAGGAUACUGGGGACUCCCUCCGGAUGCCGCUCGGCAGGCUCAGCGCUCGCAUCCUGCCUUGCCGGGGGCUCUCCUGAUCUCCGUGGAGCUCCUCAUCGCUCGGCCCCGGUGGUUUUGCUCCCCUCCUUCCCCACACACACGCACCCCAUCCCUCCUCUCUCCCCCCCUUCAUCCCCUUCUCUUUUCGCUCCCGGUGGCCUGGUCGGGUGUGUUUUUUGCCUGUUGGAAAAGUCCCUGCUGCCCAGGAUGGGGGUCGGUGGGUGCUUAGCCCUGCCCUGGAGGUGCCUAGUCGUCCUCUGUCUCAGGCUGCUCUUCCUUGUGCCCGCAGGAGUGCCCGUGCGCAGCGGAGAUGCCACCUUCCCCAAAGCCAUGGACAACGUGACAGUGCGGCAAGGGGAGAGCGCCACGCUCAGAUGUACUGUUGAUGACCGGGUCACACGGGUAGCGUGGUUGAACCGCAGCACCAUCCUGUACGCCGGCAAUGACAAGUGGUCUAUAGACAACCGUGUGGUCAUCCUCUCCAACACCAAGACCCAGUACAGCAUCAAGAUACACAAUGUGGAUGUCUAUGACGAAGGUCCCUACACCUGCUCCGUGCAGACAGACAAUCACCCCAAGACUUCACGCGUCCAUCUCAUUGUGCAAGUUCCCCCCCAGAUUGUGAACAUCUCAUCAGACAUCACUGUUAAUGAGGGCAGCAGCGUCACCCUCAUGUGCCUGGCUUUUGGGAGACCAGAGCCCACCGUCACGUGGAGACACCUCUCCGGGAAAGGGCAGGGUUUUGUCAGCGAGGAUGAGUACCUGGAGAUCACGGGCAUCACUCGGGAGCAGUCCGGGGAGUAUGAAUGCAGCGCCGUCAAUGACGUGGCUGUUCCCGAUGUGCGGAAAGUUAAAGUCACCGUCAACUACCCACCGUUCAUCUCCAAUGCCAAGAACACGGGCGCCUCGGUGGGCCAGAAGGGCAUCCUGCAGUGCGAGGCCUCGGCUGUCCCCGUGGCAGAGUUUCAGUGGUUCAAGGAGGACACUAGGUUAGCCAAUGGACUGGAGGGUGUGCGGAUCGAGAGCAAGGGCCGCCUGUCCACGCUGACCUUCUUCAAUGUCUCAGAGAAGGACUAUGGCAACUACACGUGUGUGGCCACGAACAAGCUGGGCAACACCAAUGCCAGCAUCAUCCUGUAUGGCCCCGGAGCGGUGCACGACGGCGGCAACGCGGCGUCCCGGGCGGGCGCCGGGCUCUGCCUUUGGGCCACCCUCCUCGCUCGUCUCCUCCUCGACUUUUGAUAAGGGAGCGGAGGGUCCCGGGAGGCCCCCGCUGCCCCCCACGGCACCCGGGGACUCCUCUCCAUGGGGCGGGCGAUGCGCCAGAGGAUGGGCGCUGAGCAGCCGGGGAUGGGCCCGUCUCGGUGCCCUUCUCGCCGCCGGUUAUGCUGUACAGACCCCACCACGUGCCACCAGACUGUCACCCACCGAUGUCACCCCAGGGACGUGGUCCGGCACAGACGGGGCUCCCCACAGGCACGGAGCUGUCGCCAGGGAUAUCCAUCUCGUUGUUUCACUAAGCCACCUAUGCCCGAAAAGACCCCAAGGGCUGAAGCCCCAUGGCUCUGCCUUCAGCCCUCUUGGUCCUGAAUGUCACUUCUCGCUGCCAAAGCUCCUCCCUAAGCGCCCUCAGUGGCCCCUUCCAAGGGGCUCAGCCCACACAACCAGGGUCAAACCCCUCACAUUAGCCCUUCUCCCAGCUACCAUCUUCCUUACCCAAAGCACCAUCGCAUUCCUGAGGGCGGGAGCCUGGUCACCCAGGGAUGUGAGCCCUGAGGACUGCCACCAGCCCUCCUGGGGACCUCCUGCUCACCAGAUCGGGCAGCCAGGCUGCCACCCCUCUUUGCUCCAGACCCCUGUCCACUCCUCUGCUGCCCUCCCAAUGUCAGGGCCUGCCCCAUGGCUCUCGUCCUCAUGUGCUGCCAGCACUUAGAACCAUGGAAUCAACCAGGUUGGGAAAGACCUUUGAGAUCAUUAAGUCCAACCUUUUUCCCAGCACUGCCAAGGCCACCACUAACCCAUGGCACUGAGGGCCUCGGCUACAUGGUUUGGAAACACUUCCAGGGAUGGUGACUCCAGCCCUGCCCUGGGCAGCCUGUUCCAAUGCCUGAGCACCCUUUGGGGAAGGAAUUGUUCCUCAGCUCCAUCUAAACCUCUUGAGGCCGUUUCCUCUUGUCCUAUCCCUUGUUCCUUGGGAGAAGAGACAAAUCCCCACUUCACUAAAACCUCCUUUCAAGCAGUUGGGGAGGUUCCUCCAGGCGUGUUUUCCCAAGCACUUUCCAACCUGCCCAUCAAAAGCACAACACCACCACAUUGGGCAGAGGCACUAAAUGACACAGCAAAACACCAGGUCCUGACACUGGCACCCAGAGGGGAUGCGACCACUCUUCACCUCCCUGUUCUCCCAUGGUGGCCUCUCCUACCAUUUGGCCAAGUAUCUCUGCUCUUUGAGGGGUGGAAAACACAUGGGUGCACACUCUGAGCUGUAACAUCCACAUUCUGCCUUUUCUCACACAUACCACGUGCCCCUGCCUGAAGAAAGUCCAUCUAAUGCACUUGACCCUAUGGAGGAGGCUCUGGCUCCAUCACUUGCUGCAGGGACAAGGACAGCUCUCACGCCCUGAGCUUGCUACUUGCCAAUCCCUGCUGCUGCUACAUGCCUUGGACACCAAAAUGGAUGCAACCAGACUCUACCCUCUGCUUUCUCCCCGCUACCCGUGAUGA